AUGGACUGGUUCAAACCCCUCUACAAGGCUCACCGUAAGGCAGAGUCGGUUACGGUGUUUGAUCCGGCUAGCGAUCAAGAAAAUGUACAGUAUGAACAAUAUUUAUUAACUCGAGAGUCCGUUAAACCUAAUGAAAACGCCUACAAAGUGUACGAUGUGCCCUCUCCCAAACUUUUCACCCAGUGGACUACUCCUGAUCUGCCCGGUUUGCGCAUUAUUUCAGGUGCAAUUCCCCAGGACUUGCAAUGCCAGCUUGCUAAAGAAAGCGUCACAGAGUAUUUGGCCAGUCCUGAGCAUCUAACCAACCUCGAUGCUCACCAUACUAUCCAGAGACCUAUGGAUCUCUUUUCGGAUAAAGAGGUAUCUGCUACCAUUUCCAAUGAGAAAAUAAAGUCCUCGGGACUACGAUGGGUCACUUUAGGCGGGCAGUAUAACUGGACAACCAAAGAGUACCCCACGUUCGAGCUGGGUGCCCCGGGCUGUCCCGCAUUCCCCCAGCAGCUUGGUGAGUUUGUCCGUCAGGGAUUCGGCGUAGAGCCUCAAGCUGCAAUUGUAAAUUAUUACCGUCAGGGUGACAUUUUGUCGCCUCACCAAGACGUGGCCGAGCUCUCACAUCAAGAUCUUGUCUCCAUCUCGCUGGGAUGUGACUGCGUCUUCUACGCCGGCCCCGCAAGAUAUGAUGCAAAACCAUUGGCGGUCCUGCUACGCUCUGGUGAUAUUGUUGUCAUGGGUGGAGAAUCAAGGGGAGCAUGGCAUGGAGUAGGACGUGUAUUCAGCGGGACUUCCCCUGAGGCCCUUGAAAGCAGCCUCGACAAGCCCGGGUUCGCCGCCUGGAUCAGAAAUAAAAGAAUAAAUGUUAAUAUACGUCAAAUGGUAGACUAG